AUGUCGAGCCCGCAGUCAGGAGAGGAUUUACUCCCUCGAAUCAAGAAUGCAUAUCGCUUGCUUGCCCUUUUCACCGAACAGGGAAGCAAUGGACUUGUCCAUAAAGUCGUCAUUCCCCAAGAUUCCCUUCGAAACCUGAUGAACGUUCUCCGUCCCGGAGCUUUCGAAUCGAUGAUAAAAAUCAAUUUCGCUGCGCUUGAUGAAGUGCUGCUUAAACCCGUUGGAAUUUACGGCAGCAGGUCUCGUAUAGUUGAAUUCCUCGAAGAAGUUGGCGCUAUCGAUGCAUCUACGUAUCUUCUGACGCCAUUACCUCCCAGCGGGGUUCCUUCAGGCCCUUAUCUAAGAACAGGAAUAUAUCUAAUCCUUGAUGCCCAACAGAGAGAAGAUUCUAUGGAUCUGGAUACAGGCCUAGUGCAACCUGCCUUCCUCCUCUAUUGGCCCGAGGAAAAUACCUGGGAUGAUAAUGCAACAGGUGACAUCUCCAGAAAUCGCGCAACUUUCAUGCAUUACCUAGGCCGGCUGAGCAAUCAGAUGGUUGCUCUUCUAUCCAAGGAGCAUAUGGAAAGCAUCGAAUGGGAUGAAGAUACCACCAUGGGACCCGCCGAAGACGACGAGGAUGAGGAUGGUGAUGACCGAAUUUUUGCAUUUUCCGUCGAGAAAACGGUCGAACAAGAAGAAAACGUGACGGUACAUGCUGUAUUUAAGAUUCCCAUCCCAUUUGCGUCGUCUCCAACUACGGACUCGUAUCAAAACACUGAAGGACUGUGCGAAGUUCUGAAAUCGCGAGUGGUGCCAGGCGAUACGCGCCAGGCGUUAUUAGAGGCAGAGUUUAUUCCUCGACGUAGCUCUCCAAGGACAGUUGUUCAAGCCAUCAAUCGAUUGUCCUUGCGGACAAAGCUUAAGGAUUCUCUCCAGACUAUCCAACUGGCGGACGAACUUCAUCCUGCGGCACUGGAAAUUCUGAUCGAAAACGGUUUGAAUGACCGUUUCAAGUCCCUUUGUGAGGACUUCGAGAAGAGCAGGAAGCACGGAAACCGCACACUUCAGGAGGAAUUUGAUAUGCGUUGUGCUGUUGCCAAAAAACAGCUCACUGAUGACUUGCUUCGGCUACAGCAUCACAUUUUGAAUCAGUUCGUGCAGCAUUUAGUGGAUAUAUAUCCGCACCCACUCCUGCCCCUACGUGAUGAUGUCUUUGGCCAACUUAAAUUUGAUUCCAUCGUAGCUCACGGCUUCCGACAACUUAAACGUCGCUUCAUAGGCUCCAUCGAAGUCCUCAAAUCUCGUGCCGCGGUGGAAAACCUACCAAAGGUCACCCCAGAUGAACUGCAGAAACUUGACACAGCUAUCGUGACAGGGCUCAACUGGGAUAAGGCAAUAGCCUCCAUUCUUAAUGAAACGUCCCUGCCCGAGAGCAGUCUAUAUUCACCAGUGAACAUUUUCAACACUGUUACUUCGAAAUUCACGGGCUUUGGAUGGUUGGAAGCGCAGAAUGAAUCUGGUUCGUUUAUCAAAGCGCUCAUGCGGGAGACAGCUCCAAUGAGCGAUCCCGUAUUCAUCCAACGCAUCAGCCAUGGGGAUUAUAGUGAACUCCAAGAUGCCGUGGCCGAAGUCCACAGUCAGGCGUCAAAAUGGCUCUUGAGCACCAUGGCGUCCAAAUCUCAAGAAUUAGCUAAAUCGGAUUUGGAGUUAUAUUACAAACGUUGGAGGUCUGAUUUACACGCAAAAUAUAGUCUCAAGUUUCAAGAACAAAAAGCCGAGCAUUUGCUGCAACUUAGGGUUCUACUGAACGAUGCAAGCAAAAAGGAGGGCGCAGGGUGCGUGUUUUCGUCCUUUUACUAUGGACACAACAGUACGUGGACAAGUCAUUCGGACUCUGAUUCAUUGACUGAGCCCGUGCCUUUCUUUUCUUGGUUUCAAGAUUUCAAAUUUGCUGUCACAGAGCUGAAAGAUGAACCUGCCCACUUCGUGUGCACGUUACACCCACUUGGAGUAAUGUCCGAUGAUCUCCAACGUCUUACUGUGGAUACUUCGUUUGUACCGCGCCCCAUUUUCCGUACUGGGACCCACUCCGUCCGCUUCACAAUCCCGGCUACUUCGAGAUUACGGCACAUUCAGCUUUUAGAGCGUUCGAAAUGUCUCGUAGUCGUGGAGGACUCGUCAUCCGGCAGGAUCUGUAUCUAUCUUGAUGACGAUGUUCAAAUGCCCGUCACGUUGCGUUCUCGAAGGACUAAGAAGGAGUUUACCUUUGAACGAAUAGGAAAGGAUUUCUUGUUUUGUGUCAAUGAACCAAGAAGAUUGGUGGCAUUGUUGGAUGCCAGGUGCCGUCUCCACAUUUUUUCAAUCGACGAAUCUUACACGAGUAUCACUUUACGUGGCUCUCCGGUUGACCUUGGACGAUUAUUGAUGGGUUCCCACCCUGAAGCCAAAUUUUUGAAGAUGUGCUUCAUAAACGGUUUAGAUGAAAUCCUCUUCCUCGAGAAUUCGGGACAUCUUAGGAUAUACUCUCUGGUGCAAGAGCAAUUCAAGCCAGCGUUUGUGAAAUCAGAACCACCUCCAACAGACGUGUAUUCCAGUCCGGAUGGCUCGUGUGUCUUCAUUAUGGUACCAAAUAGUUCGGGCGCAGUGGAGACGAUAGCUUAUCACACGGCAUCAUUUGGCGGUAAAUCCCAAGGCAUCCCGCUUCAACUCCCUCAGGUCUUUACGUCGGUUCCGACGACCAUCACAUCAUUUGUUACACGAAGGAAUGCUUACCUUAUGACUAUCGAGGAUGACGCAGGACAGCUCAAUGCAGUUCGUUUCGAGAUCACAAAUAAGGCUAGCGAGUUCACUUUCCGUCCUCAUGGGAAAGCCAAAGGGGAUUCAAAAAAAGAGUCGACGUACAAUUCACUCGUUGAUUGCCAUUCCGAAGUUUGGACCAAAUUCCCCGUUGUGUCUACGAUAAGCAGAAGUCCUUCAUUCAUGGCUUGGCGCUCGCCUUCUAUCACUUUCACUGCAGCAAAUAAUUCGAUUCCCAUCGCUCGUCUACGAUCGCACUUUUCACGAAUGAUCCAAUCAUUCGAGCAUAGAACGCGAAAGCCAACGGAUGGCAGACUGGCUGUCAUUAACAUUCAGCACAGUACAAGCCUGUCUUUGCGCGAGUCUAUUCCUUCGGAAGUCACUACAUACUUCACUGGAAAGUGGAUUGUUGAUCUCAUAUGCUUGAUACCGAUUCACAUCGCCGUUGCCACUUCCAACCGUUUCACGCCACUCGAGGAUGGUGUUUCAUCCCCCGAGUUUGAGCAGCGAUUACUAGGUGCUGAUAUAUUAACGAUUGCAGACAGUAUAUCUAUUGGAUGGUAUGAGAGUAUAUUCAAGACCUACAUGGCUUCGAAGGCAUACAUUCCCGAUGAUACCUCCAUCAUAGGCGAGCAAUCCGUAGGGAAGAGUUAUGCUCUAAAUCACUUUGUGGAUACGUCGUUCGCUGGAUCCGCAAUGAGGUGCACCGAGGGCGUGUGGUUGUCCGUAACGCCAACCGACACAAAUUUGAUCGUGAGCCUUGAUUUUGAAGGAAUACAUUCUAUCGAAAGGACUUCGCAGGAGGACAUGUUAUUGGUUUUAUUCAACGUGGCGCUUUCCAAUUUGGUAUUAUUCCGGAAUAAUUUUGCUCUCUCACGGGACGUUACUGGUGCGCCGAUCCACAUAUAUAUCAGUUUUCAAUCGUCGGCCGCACAAUUCGAGCCAUCAGCAAAUCCAGAACUAUUCCAAUCGACUUUGGCAAUUAUAAUCAAAGAUGUUGUUGAUUCCGAUACGAGAGAGAUCGUCCGGGAAUUCCAGCUGAAGUUCCAGAAAAUAGUUCAGGAGGAAAAGGAAGGGAAUUUUAUUUCCAGGUUGCACCGUGGCAGGCUCGAUAUUCUUCCAUGGCCUGUUAUCCAGUCUCCCAAGUUUUACACUUUGAUGAACAAGUUGAAGAAACGGCUAGAUGCUCAGGAUUCAUCUCAUGGCACCGCGUCCGUAUUUUUGGAACGGAUGAAGAUCCUAAUGGCAAAGUUAAGGGCGAGCGAUUGGGGUGCCCUUGAUCAUACCCUCGCCUCACAUCGAGCACAACUCCUCCAAAACCUUUUGCCAACUGCCCUCGCUUAUGGUGUCACGGAGUAUGGAAACGAAGACACCUAUCUCAAGAACUUGGAUACCGAUGAAGCAGUUCACCCUGAAACAUCCUCCAGAAACCAUUUUUUCCUUGAAUCGGUCAUGAAGGAACCCAAGAUAAGAGAUGAGCUCUUGGCCAAGGUGCAGCAACAGUGCAUUGUCAUGAUCUCCGGCACACGUCAGUCCAUGCCAGAUUCAGAAUGGCUGUUGUCGCUUGCGACGGCCUUGCACCAACAAGCGAAGCAGCGAAUUGACUACGUCCAGAGAUGGAUUGACUCAAAUACGAUCAGAUUCCCUCCCGAACAGACAGACAUUCAGUUACUCCGUCGCUAUUUCGGUCAACUUUCACUUGAACUCAUUGCGGGCGUCGAUAUGUGCGGAGUCAAAUGCAAAAACUGCAACCUCAAGUGCAUCCUAUCCAAGUACCACCUGAGCGACCACAAUUGCACCACUGACCACUGCUGUGCCUUGAAGUGUGAUGAAUGCGCCUCCGAGUCCCAGGACUCGGAGAAAAUGUGUAGCAUGAUAGCUGGCCACGAUGGCAAUCAUAUAUGUGACCUGACCCAGCAUGUAUGCGGCGAACCCUGCUACCUGCAGGACAGGAGAGGUUGUCAACAAGCUUGUACAAAAGCAAGUCAAAUUGGGCACCAGGAUGCCGUCCACCUGUGCUCUGCGCGCACCCACUCCUGCGGUGAACCCUGUCGUCUCAGUUUGAUCGAGCAAGAUGGUGCACCUUUAUGUUCGAAGCCUUGUGCAAUUGAUUGCCGCGAUUCCCACGAAUUCCACGAGUGCGAACACAGGCUAACAUGCCCAGCUAAAUGUCAACUAUGCAGUCGACUGUGCUCGAUUACGUCACAUUCUCACCCACUUCAAAACGGGGCUAUCCACCUCUGCGGGCAAGAACAUGAUUGCAGAGAGCUUUGUGGGUCACGGGGAAUAUGCGAAAUAGCAUCUGCCCCCCUCUCUAUCGAGACUACAUUCGUCGGUCGCAACGAGACCUUCCAAUAUAUAAGGUGUUACACCCAAGAUGCACACAAGCUUUUGUGCGCCGUUCGUAUCCCUCCAAACAAAUUGAAACAUGAUGAAGCGCAUACACAUACAACCAAUGCAGCUGCGUUCCACUAUUGCGAGACGCGCUGUCCCUCUUGCCUUUAUUUUUGUACUCUUGCUAUCGAUCAUCAUGGGUUGCACAAUACUACCCAUGGUAAUAUGGAACAGACUUCCUGGAGUUUCGAGGGAGAUGAUUCUACCACUCGAGAGGUUGCCGGGCGGAAGUUUAGUACAGGUGACUCGGGUGCGCCGAUGUACUGCAACAUGUUUUGCAAAGAGCUGGGGCGGCACGCACACAUUGACUUCUGCCGAGCCCCCAGGAACGGACGUUGUACUGACGAUACAGUGGAGCACAUCGCUGCCAGAAUGAAUCCGGAACCUAACAGGGAUAAGGACUGGAUUACACAUGCUUCCUAUUGGGCGCGAACAGUCUUUCAGACAACAUUCACUUCUGAGCAUCAACGCGAUUUUAUAGCUUACCUCAUCGCAUACGCAGGUGACGAACAUAAGGCCACGGAGAAUAUAAAGGCACAGCGUUCGUUUUGCACCCUCCCUAUGUUCCACAAACCCGCUUCUACAAAUGCUCGGAAUACUACGGGGUAUACCUCUCGGGACGGACACUCCUUCGAUUGCCAGAGCCCGGGACUUUAUCAUGCUGCUUACCAUGUGAUAUUCGCGUUGGACCGUUCGUCAUCCAUGGCUGAGCGGGAUCGGGUUCCACUUGCUGGACAGGCAGCGACUCGUCAGAUCACUAAUUACAACAACAAUAGAUAUGGUGCUGUGCUGUCCGCAAUUUACGGUUUUUGGACGGCUCGUGCAGGCGCCUCACCAGGAGGCAUACGACGCGAUGCAUACUCUGUAGUCGUGUUUAAUGACACUGCUGCUACAAUAAUUGCCAACGAUCUCACCCGAGACGCUGGCGCGCUUCUGUCGCCCCUCCUGCGUAUGGGCCCUGAUGGAGGAACAAACUUUUCUGCUGCAAUCGGAGAAGCCCAUAGAGUUAUGGAACGCAAUUGGAGUGCGGACAGGGCCCCAUGUGUUAUCUUCCUGUCUGAUGGCGAAGCCAAUACACCGUCGCAGGAGCUGCGCGCGAUCUGUGAUGAGGCGGUUUUUUUGGGUCGGCCCCUGUCAUUCUUCACCGUUUCCUUUGCAGCUGGAUCUUACUCUCCUGUUCUCGAUUCUAUGUCGACCCUUGCGACAGAUAUUUACAGAAGAGCAUCACCAGGAGCCUCUCACGAUAUCCCGUGCGGGUCAUACUACGCUAUUGAUUCGAUACAACUGGCACAGACAUUCCUCGGCAUUGCUGAUUCCAUGCGUCAGACUCGGGGAGCACUUGUGCGACAGUAA